UUGGCGGCCGAUUCCAUGCUUUACAGCCUCGCAAGUCUCUCUUUUCGCUGAGAUCUCAUCUCUGCUCCUCCGAUUGCUUCCAUGGCCGACAGCGCUGCGCCGCCAGCGAAGGAGGAGGAGAAGCGGUCGUGGGCCGACGAAGAGUCCGACGAAGAGCAGGAAGCGGCCGCGCCGCCAUCGCAGGCCGCUGACGAAGCCCAGCCGUCCGAGCUGAAGAAGAUCGAGUCGCUUUCCAUCUCCGACGUGAAGGAUGGGGGCGACCGGGCGCCGGAAGAUUCCGACGGUGGCGGCCGUCUGCUGGAUGAUCCCGACGAUUCCGAUAUCAAAGCUGUUACAUCCGGUGAAACUGUGUAUAACUCUGCCGUGGCGUUUGAGGACUUGAAAUUAUCUGAUGAGCUCAUCAAAGGGUUAUAUGUCGAGAUGGGCUUUAGUAGGCCUAGCAAGAUACAGGCUAUUACUCUACCUAUGAUUCUUACGCCUCCAUACAAAGAUCUGGUAGCUCAAGCUCACAAUGGCUCGGGGAAGACGACAUGUUUUGUGCUUGGAAUGUUGAGCAGAGUUGAUCCGAGGAAGAAGAUUCCACAGGCCAUCUGCAUCUGCCCUACCAGAGAGCUGGCUCAGCAGAAUCAUGCGGUCCUUUUGAAGAUGGGAAAAUAUACUGGCAUAACUUCAAUGUGCGCUAUUCCGUCUGAUUCUGCUAAUUACAUCCCAAUAAAUAAGCGCCCACCGGUAACUGACCAAGUGGUUAUUGGCACUCCGGGAACCAUCAAGAAGUGGACAUCGGCAAGAAAGUUGAGCACAAGGGACGUGAAGAUACUUGUUUUUGAUGAGGCAGACCAUAUGCUGGCUGAGGACGGCUUUAGGGAUGAUUCUGAAAGGAUUAUGAAAGAGAUUCAAAGAAGCAGUGGUGGCUGUCAGGUGCUUCUUUUUUCUGCUACCUUCGAUGAAGCUGUCAAGGCAUUUGUAUCAAGGGUAAUUAAAGAUGGAAAUCAAAUAUUUGUGAAGAAGGAGGAACUCACAUUGGAAAAAGUAAAGCAGUAUAAGGUCCAAUGUCCAGAUGAACUUGCCAAAGUGGAAGUAAUAAAGGACAAAAUUUUUGAAUUUGGACAAAAAGUAGGCCAGACAAUUAUAUUUGUCCGUACAAGGAAUAGUGCUCGCAUGUUACACCAAUCAUUGACUGAAGAUGGUUAUGAAUGCACAUCAGUUCAAGGUGCUCUCAAGCAAGAAGACAGGGACCUAAUUAUAAAGGAAUUUAAAGCUGGAUUAACCAAAGUUCUUAUCACGACUGAUCUCCUUGCUAGAGGAUUUGAUCAAAGACAGGUUAAUUUGGUUAUCAACUAUGAUCUUCCGGUAAAGCAUGAGAAUCCGUCAGAGCCAGAUUGUGAACUAUACCUACACAGAGUUGGUAGAACUGGUCGCUUCGGUAGCAAGGGUGCCGUCUUCAACUUCUUGUGCACUGAUAGGGACAGAUCUGUCAUGGAGAAAAUUGAGCGUCACUUCCAGCAUCAUAUUCCUGAGAUCCCUAACUGGAGGAGUGAGGAAGAUUUUGAGUCUGCUCUGAAGGAUGCUGGUCUGUUAUAGAGCCAAGGCUCCCUAAGCACCUAUAAAAUGCGAAAAGGAAUUUGCAAGUUGUGCCUUGUAUGAUUGAUAUAUCUUGUACUUCCGAUCGUAACAAUUAGAAGAUUUUGUUCUCGUUUAUGGCGAUGGCAUUCCACGCAGUCAAUGCGCUCUUACAUCUUGUCUGAUGGUGGUGUUAUUAGCAGAUAUGGUUCGACAGGUAGACGACGGUCAAACCUUCAAGUUUGUUUACUCACCAUAUAAAAUAUUUUGUAGAAAUUGCACAGUUGGAACAAAAUGACUAUCGACUUUGACAUUGUUUAUCAGCUAUUAUUUGAAUUUGGUUCUGAGAGAUUGGAAAGCCAUUGGGCAUAAUAAUGACUUUUUAUCCUUGUAUGAGCUCUUUGAAAUAAAUUUAUUGUUUGGAGUCA